CUCGCUUUUUUUUUUUUUGAGUAAAAUAACACUCCUUUCUCAGUGAUCACUAAUCUACUCUGCGAAAAAAAAAAAUGGCCUUAUUCUCCCGCAUCCGUACACCGGCCACCACAGCUUUCCGCUUCCGCCACUUUUCAACUGUCUCCCCAAACUCCUCCACCUCUCUCACCACCCACCAAAACUCACGCGCCGCCCUCUCCCGCCUAAAAUCCGAGCGAGACCCCGAUAGCAUCCUCGAAAUCUGCCGCGCCGCCCGCCUCACCCCAUCCUCCCAUAUCGACCGAAUCGCUUUAUCCGUUGCUAUCUCCAAACUCUCCGAAGGCAAUCAUUUCCAAUCCAUCGACACUUUCCUCCAAGAACUCCGUUCCCGUCCCGACUUACAAAAUAAUCGUUUCGCUUCCCAUUCUUUAAUCCUCUACGGUCAAGCCAAGAUGCUAAACCGCGCCGUGACGGUCUUUGACGAAUUCUAUAACAAGGGGUUUUGCCGUUCAACGAAAUCAUUAAACGCUUUGCUCGUUGCAGGGUUGAUAGCAAAGGAUUAUGAAGAAGUGAAGAGAAUUUUCAUGGAGUUUCCACAAAGGUAUAAGAUUGAUCCCGAUUUAGAAACUUAUAAUAAUGCUAUUAAAGCUUUUUGUGAAUCUGGGUCUUCGAAUUCAGUGUAUUCAAUUUUGGUUGAUAUGAAAAAAGGAGGGGUUAAACCCAAUGCGACAACGUUUGGGACUUUGUUAGCUGGGUUUUAUGUAGAAGAAAAGUAUGAAGAUGUUGGGAAAGUGUUGAAUUUGAUGAAGGAAUAUGGGAUUCCUGUUGGGGUUAAUACAUAUAACAUAAGGAUUCAAACCUUGUGUAUAUUGAAGAAAUCUAAUGAGGCUAAGACCUUACUUCAUGGGAUGCUAUCGAAAGGGAUAAACCCGAACUCGGUUACCUAUAACCAUUUGAUUCAUGGGUUUUGUAAGGAAGGGAAUUUGGAGGAAGCUAAGAGCUUGUUUAAUAGCAUGGUGAAUAGAGGCUUGGAGCCUGAUAGUAAUUGUUAUUUCAAUAUGGUUCAUUUCUUGUGUCAAGGUGGGGAUUUUGAGGCUGCCUUGAAAAUUUGUAAGGACAGUAUGGAGAAAAAAUGGGUUCCGAAAUUUUCGACUAUGAAAUCACUCGUGAAUGGACUCGUUAGCAUAUCUAAGGUUGAGGAAGCUAAAGAACUUAUCAAGAAUGUUAAGAAGAAGUUCUCGAAAAAUGCGGAUUUGUGGGAUGAAAUCGAGAAGGGUUUGUUGUAACUAGGGUGACAAUGGCAUAGACUGUUCUUUAAAUAAUGAUUAUGAACUAUUAGAGCUACUUAGGUCUGGUCUUAGCCAUUUUAUAUGGAAAUGAAAAUGAAUUGGACAGUUUUUCAUUAUAGGGACGGAUCUUUUUUCCUUCUGUUUGUUAAUUAGUGAAAAGCUUGUCUUUUCUGAACUUGGGUUAUCUAGCAGUGGAAUCCACCACUUUUAAACGGUAAUGUCUUUCUGAAUGAAAUCCUGUUAUCAAGUUGAUAUUUAUAAUAGAAUUGAAGCUGCUGGUUCGGCUCUGCUUACUGAUAAAA